CUCCACGAAGCACACAAGGCCACGUCCCAUUCCAUAUUCACCAUCAACACCAUCUCUACUGUCUCUACUGAACCGCCACAAUCUCUCAACCGGAUCGGAAGCAUGGACAACAAGAGCAACAAGCAGGCUGAGGUAGCCUCCAGCAAGCUUUCUUUUGAUUCCUUGUCAUCCUCUGAGACGGAUUUCGUGAAACCACAAGAUCAUCAACAAGACCAACGGCAACUCUCAGCCUCUCCUCCAACAUCAUUGCUCUUCGAUGGAGAAUACAUCGUCGACGAAGCCCGGCCUGAACACCCGCUGUAUAGACUGGACUGGGAUGUGACUCGUAUUCCGCAAAGCAAUCGCGGUUCGGCCAAACUUGAGAGACUGAGUUACAAAGACACUGGAGCACACGCGACGACCGACACACUCGCUCCUGACUCGGCAGAAGCACUACAUCUGUUCUACCUCGUCCAUCCUUUGGGGGCCAAGUUUCAGACCGAGCGGCCGGAGUACUACGUUACCUGUGUUCCCUCUUCACGGACAACAAGCGCCACUGCAACAAAGCCCAACGCUUUGGGCAGCAGUGAUGUCACAGAGCCGGCCACAUUGGGCAACAUAGCCUUGGAGACUACAAGCACUUCGUCGCAACGCUUCAAAUUCCUGGGCUUGGACAAGGAAGUGCAGAGAGCCUGGCUCAGUCCUGGGACAGACGCCGCGAGCCGGCCGGUCUUCUACACCGAUGCCGCCGAAGACGACGCUGCUGAGGGCAGCACAGCUGACACCUCCAGAACUCUAUUGUUCGAGGCUACGGGCGGCAAGAAGAACACCAUUUGGACUACUUCGAUUGUACAUGGUGGAAGUGGGCCUAAAGAUCCUACAGACAUGAUCAUUAUAGCCAAGGAAAGCACAGGUCCUGCUAGGCCCGUAUCCAAAGGCGAGGCGGGCAGAUUUCUAGACAAGAACAAGAGCUCUACUGCGUGCGCGAGGCUGACCAUCUCGGUGCCCCUGGAGCAGUCUGUCCAGGACGCCCUGGUGGCGACGUGGGUUCUCAGACUGUGGCGAGACGUUGCUGAGAGUCCUGCCGCGAAGAAGGAUGCAUUGGAGAGAAUGACGGACCCCGACAGUCUUCGAAGCAGCAUGCCGUUCUCAAAGGGCGCGAUGAGAACCGGUGUACUUGGUGCCUUUGCCGCUGCCGGGGGUGCAGGCUGAGUCCUAAAGGCUGGCUCAGAUGAAUGAAUGGCGAGUUUUCUUCAAGUCGGGCAUCUUGGCGUAUUUUAUGGAUUUAUGAGCUUUCUGAAACGCUGUGCAUGGAUUUUCACAUUCCGG